UUUAGUGUGUUUACUAUUACUAUUUACCGUUUAGUAAUGUACUUGUACACGGUGGUGUAAUGUUUAAUGUUUUUGGUUCGCGUACGACUUGUUUGUUUGUUUUAGUAAUCUGAGUUUGGCUAAAUCAUGUUUGACAUUAGUUACAGUAAUUUGUUUCAUAUUGGAUAAUGAUAAACACUAAAACGUUAAUGUCUUUCGUUUCAURUUUGUUCAAAGCCAUUUCGAAUUGCCACGAAUUUUAAGUUUUUAAAUUAAAAACCGAAAGACAGUCAAUUUCGUUCCAAGUUACAAGUACUUGUAGAACUCAAGUUUUUGCCAGUAACAGUCAACAGAUGUCCUGAGAUUACAAAUGAUUAAAAAAGUUAGUUAUUAAAAGUUUAAUAUAGGUACCUACUGAAAAAGUAAUAGCUUGUUAAAAGGUAUCUACAAACACAAAUUAUUUUCAUUUCUAUACCAUAUUUUAAGAAAAACCUUGCUAUUUUCAGAAGAAACAAAUUGUGGGUGUGUACAAACUUUAAAUAAUAUAAAAAAAUUGUUAAAUUUAAGUACUUGAUGUUCAUAUAUAGGAAUUAAAAAUAUUAGUAUAGGACGGAAUUAUUGGAGAAAACCAUUAUUUCUGAAAAAAAAAUCCUGAAGAAAACUUAAAUAAUUCCAAAAACAUGGUUGAAAAAUUAAAAAAUGAUGUUACAAACGAGGUUGUGACUGAAUUUUCCACUUUAUUAUCUGUUGAAAACUCACAAACUAAAGAAAUAGAUUCAUYAAAUAAUAUUCCAAUCGUUAAUAAACCUGCUUUAGGUGAUGUAUGGAAUGUACAUGUGUCAAAUAUAAAUUCAUUAAAAUAUUUUCAUGUGCAGAACUCAAACAACUAUGAAUAUAUUCAAUCAAUCAGUUCAGAAUUGGAUAAAUAUGAUUCCACAUUAAAGAAGCUUCCAAAAGUAGGAAAUUUAAUUGCUGCUCGCCAUUACAAUGGUUCAUGGUAUAGAGCUAAAGUUCAAAGCAUAACUGAGUUGGGACUGAAUGUAUCCUUUAUAGAUUUCGGGAUUUCUAAUGAAAAAGUUACAGAUUACAAAGAUUUACCAAAAGAACUCGCCAGUUUGAAACCAAUGGCAUAUAGUUGUUAUUUUAAGAAAGUAUUAAAAGAAGAUGAAAAUAUAUUUUCAGUUCAAGGUUUAUUCGAUUAUAUUUAUAAAUUCUUCAGUUCUCAUAAAAUAACUGCCACAUUUUUAAKCAGCAAUGAUCCAUAUUUAGUUACAUUAUCACAUAACGGUAAUGAUGUUCAUGAUAUUUUAUACAAUUUAAUUUGGGAUGGUAUUGUUCCUAGCAUAUCUGAUGAUCCAAUUAAUCUUGCAAAACUUAAAAUGCUUAAUGAAAUAUACUCAAAAUCUAAAACGAAGGUUGUCUGUGUUGAACCCAUUUUUUCCAUGAAUAAUUUUUUUGUUGAAACCGAAUUAAGUUAUGAAACUAGCAAAACUAUUAGAACUGAAAUCGAAAAUCAGACGAAAUGGAUUCCGGUAUUACAUCCUGAAGAAGGCCAAAUAGUGAUAGCUAAAAGUACCUAUGAUUUAAAAUUAUAUCGGGCAAGGGUCAUAAAGAAAUAUGAAGAUUCUGAAGAGCAUAAAUGUUUUUUAAUUGAUUGCGUGACCUUUGUUAACUGUUUUGAAAUGUUUGAACCUAGUGAUUAUCUACGUACAGCACCUCCAGUCAAGAUACACUGCUCUUUAGAUAUAUCAAUAAAUGUUAGUAACCAUAUACUGGAAAGCAUGAAUCUUGCUUUUAUUAAUGAACUAGCUGAAUGCAAGGGUAAGUCAACAUACAUGAAAGUAAAAAAAAAGGAAAAUACUUGUUUAAUAGACUUGGAGGUCAGUGAUUUAAAUAUCAUUCAAGUUAUUAAACCAUGCRAAGUGAGAGUGAUCAAUGUUGAAAAUUUUAACUUUUUCAAAGUCCGGUUGAAUUCAUCUGGCGCACAAAAAAUCUCAGAUGUUCUUAAGUCAACUAAAACAUUUUUUGCUAUUUCUAACCCAGAAGUUUUCCAACUAUAUAUUGUUAAUAUCAACCAACAAUACAAGAGAGUAAAAUAUAUGGGUAAAUAUAUGGAUAGUUUUAAAGUAAAAUUUGUAGAUGAAGUACCAAAUACGGUAGUUGUCGAUGAACUAUAUGCACUUCCUAAAUCAAUUACAAAUGUUGUAACUACAGAUUUGUAUUGUUCUCUAGGAAUAAAUGAUAAAACACAUUAUUCUAAUAAAUUAUUUAUUGACAUCUGUAAUAAUGACAAUGUUAAAUUUAAAAUGGUUGUCAUUACAAACAAUCACAUUGAAGCUCAUAUUGUUAGACUUUUUUUAAAUUCUAAAGAUAUAACAUCAAUGAUUUGUAGUCUACCUAAAUAAAUAUAAUGCAUUUUGUUUUUAUGAACAGCUAUUAUUAUCAACUGAUUUAUUGUUACCUAUAAAUUCUUUACAGGA